UUUUCUCCUUUCUAAGGCAUUGCAUCUAUAAAAUUAUUUGAUCUUUCUUCAAUUCUGUUAUCUAUUAACAUGGCAUUUUCAAGCCAAGUUGGCUGGCAAAGUUUAUUGUCCACGCCAGAUUUUAGGAGUUGCCAAAGCAUUCCGCUAUUGAAAGCUCAUAAUGAGAAAAACGCCAAACUACAUGAGCAAAAAUUCAAUAUAGGAAGUAUCAGAAGCAGACAGAGGUCCUUGAUCGCGCAUUGUUCGAUGGUGAAUCCUGAUGUUGUCACAGGCUCAUUGUCACCAUCCAACACAAUUAGAAAGUUGUACUCAAGUAUAAACAACAAGGACCUGAACCAACUGGCCAUGCUCAUAUCUGAAGAUUGUUUCUUUGAUGAUUUCUCAUUCCCUCAAUCAUUUCAAGGGAGAAAGGAGGCUUUAAACUCUCUGGAGCAACUAACCACAAGCAUGGACCAAAACACAGAGUUCAGCAUAGACAAUAUUUAUGAAGGUGUUGAUCUUACAGCAAUAGUAAACUGGCAUUUAGAGUGGAAAAAGAAAGAAGUUCCCUUCAGUAGAGGUUGCAGCUACUAUGAAUUAUCAAGAGAUGGAGAAAAACUACUCAUUAAGAAUGCUCAAGUUAUUACAGAAUCAUCUAUGAAACCAAAAAUUUUGGCACUAUUCAAUAUGGUAACUUCAGUAUUCGAUGACUUCCCUGAAAUCGCCUCGAGAAUUUUAAAGAACCACCAAGUUGCUUAUCAAGUGUUACUAAAUAGUUACAAGUUUGUUGUGCAACCAAUCAUAAGUCCAAUUCUUGCAUGGUACAAAAAGUUGUGGACAUUAACAAUCACCUUUGUUGGAUUCACCACCAAGUUAGUGCAGUUCAUUAUAAAGAAUUUCAGACAGUAAGAAGAGAGUUACAAAGCAAGUUCAAUAUUCACCAGCAUGAUCAUUUGCUUAGGGGUAAUUGUACCAACUGUAUCAACAUGUACAAUUUUUUUGUGUGUGAGUAAAAUAAAGAAGGCAUAAUACAUAAAUAUGAUCCUUAAUAUGGCUUCAGUUGGCAGCUAUGACCUCUAAUUUUACUAAUGCACAAGUAAGCACUUUAACUAUCCAAAACUUGAACAAAUAGACACAUUCGUCCUACAUGGCAUCCUACAUGGCAAUUUUGUGUCCUAUGUGGCGUCCUACGUGUAUUAUGCCACGUAAGACAUGUGUGUCUACUUGUUCAAUUUUAUACAAGUUUAAGUGUCUACUUGUGCACACCCAAAGUUGGAGGGCAUAAAUGUGAAAUGAUUCCAAGUUAAAGGGCAUAUUAAUGUAUUAGGCCAAUAAAGAAUAUCAAGUUUGUUUUUCUUUCUAAAUUAAAGAAAAGAGAUGUAAAAAUUAA